GAUUUUCCAAGAAAACCUCGUCCAUCCCGUCCCUUUCUCACGUCUUCAUCAAUUCCCUACCCCCUCAUCAUUUCUCCACCGACCCAACAAGGAAAACCACCGCCACCAAUCAAAGGGGCCGACCCCUGAUCUCCUUUCUUGCUCUCCUGUGAUUUCUGGGAUACCCAGAAGAAAAAGAUCAAAUUUUUACGACAAGAUGAAGGAGGGCAACGAUGGGUUUGUCCGCGCGGAUCAGAUUGAUCUCGAGAGCCUUGACGAACAACUUGAGCGCCAUCUCAGUAGGGUUUGGACUAUGGACAAGAACAAGCGAUCUGAAGAUUCCAAUCUUCCUCCAUCUGCUGCUGGUGCUGCUGUUCCAACUACUACUACUUCCCUUCACGCUUCAAAACCUACUUCCAUGGCCGCCACUACCACCGCCACCGCCGCCUUGACUAAGGACAUGAGGGAAUGGGAGAUCGACCCUUCCAAUCUUGUUAUCAAGGGUGUCAUUGCUCGUGGUACCUUUGGGACAGUCCACCGUGGUGUCUACGAUGGUCUCGAUGUCGCCGUUAGGUCUGUGGGGAGCAUUGUUUUUAGGUUAUCUGGGCGAUGGUCGUGAUCCUUUGUUCACUAGAGGAAGGAGUUGGUUUGGAUACACGUAAGGGAUGUGGGACAGCUUGUUGAUGAAAGAUCCCUUUUCCACCGCACACAAAGGAGACCAGGAGCGAGAAGCGAGCAGGGAAUGGGGAUUUAGCAGAACGUGGAGUUGGGGUUGACGCAAUCCAAGUACAAGGUCAAGUGACGGUACAUCUCGAGCAAAAAGUUAGAAUGUCAAGGUAGCGUUAAAACUCAAAUCAACCGAUUGACAAGGUGAGUGUAAAGGGGGUAAAUUCUACGCUUUACGAUUUUCAAGUAUUUGUCUUGAGUAUUUUCGAGUAUUGCUUUACAUGAAGUAUGUGCAGUAAUUGAUUCAUGUUUGAGAUUGCUUGAGUUAUGGUUUGAGGUGAUUUGUUUGAGCUAUGCUUGAAGUGAAUGUUUAUUAAUUACUUUGAAAUUUUUACGAGUAUAAGUUAUUAUUAAAGAGUAAGAAACAAGUUCUUUUAAA